AUGCCGGCUAAUCAAGCUAUCAUCGCUUCAGCCGGCGUUAUCGCCAUCUCGGUCGCCGUGGCUGCUGCCAUAGCUGUCUACGAGUCUCCAGAGCUGCGUCGCAUGGCCGACGACCUCCGGCGGCGUAUCGCUAUCGCUCUGCAUUCACUUGGCGACGGUGUCAAUCCUCCUAGCCGUGAGCCACUGUUCAAUCGACCGGAAGAUGCGGAGGGCUUCCUACAAUCACGAGGCGUCGUUGCCACGGGCGAUCAGGGUGUAGAUGCCGAUGAUGAAACUCGCCGGAGACAACGCGAGGAGCUCAUGUAUUGGAAUGCAUUGAAGGAGACGCAAGAGCUGGAGAAGCUCGCUGCCGAGAAGGAGGCUUCACGCCCACAACCCUCUCGACGGGGAUCCACAUUCGAUGACUUUCUGCAGCAAGACAAGUCUGCUGAGAAGGGGACGUACGUCUUUAACACUGGCGCAGAGAUUCGACACGACGAUGAGGGUCUCGUCCGACGCCGUGGUGCAGAGGGCAUCCGGGGAUUGAACUCGUCUAUCUACGCCAACCCGUUUGCUGAUGAGCAUGGCAUCGAUAUCGACGAGCAUCCUGUUCUUGAGCCUAGCCGUAUCUCCCCCGAGAAGGACGAAAUUAUGUCCGACACUACCGAUAUCUACAAUGCUACCGAGAAAGACUUGCCCUCGAUACCCCCGUCGCAUACUCUAUCCCCAUCACCUCCGGCUUUGAUCAGCAUUGAGGAAGCCCAAUCACAGAACGAUCCCCUUCUGGAGCGUGAGCUUGGAGAGGACGAGUACAUGACCGCAGGCCAAGAACAUCAGCACGAGGCGUAUGCUUCCAUUCAAGCUUGGGCACAGAACUCCAAUCCGGGCUUCUAUUCGCCACUACCCGUUUCUCCCGCUGGCCCCUUGUCUGAGCCAGAGAUCAUCUCUGACGGUCAACUCACGCCGACUGAUUCGGCUUCGCUUGCUGGCUCUGGUGAAGACAUUGCCAAUGACGCUGCUUCUUCGCAUGCCGGUGACGAGAGACGGUACUACGAUGUCAUGAGCGAGGACGAGGAUGGUAUGGCAACCCCUGCGAGCUGGACAGAGGUCGGUAGCGUUGUUAGCGAGAGCGACAAUGGUGCUAUUCGUGCAUGA